CCCUGUACCAUUAUAAAGUGAGGAGAAGCAGAGCUGGGUGUGUGCUGCUCAUCCUGUCACAGAGAUGGAGUCUAUUCUGAACAGCACCGAGGAGGCUAUGGGGGAGGAUUAUUACACUCUGCUGGGCUGUGAUGAGCUCUCCACGGUUGAACAAAUUAUCGCAGAAUAUAAAGUCAGAGCCCUUGAGUGCCAUCCCGACAAACAUCCCAGCAAUCAAAAAGCAGUGCAAGAGUUUCAGAAACUUCAACAGGCCAAAGAGACCCUAACCAACGAGGAGAGUCGCGCACAUUAUGACUAUUGGAGACGGAGUAAAAUCAUGAUUCCAUUUCCACAAUGGGAUGCUUUGAACGAUUCAAUAAAAAUGUCAAUGCACUGGGCUGUAAACAGCAAGAAGGAAGCAAUGCUGGAAGCACCAGAUAAAUCUUCAAGUGAAACACAUGAUGACAUUUCAUUUAACUCAGAAGAAAAGAAAAAGCAGAUCAGUGAUGGAAACGGGGAUCACACGUUGAAGAAAACGCCAGAACAUAUUGAUAUGCUGUCACCUAAAAGUCCUGAAGGAGGUCCUGACACGGCUUUCACUCUCCUGCGAUUCCGCUGGUCAGCCGAGGCUCCAUCAGACCUCCUGCGAAAAUUCCGAAAUUAUGAAAUCUAGACCUCCUCUCCUGAAGUAUGAAAUGGUCUAUCCUCUAUAAUAUCUAUGGAAGUAUUAUAUUCAAUGUAUUUUAUUUUACAGCUACCUAAAGACUAUGUUCACAUCAAGUUUAUGGCUUCUGCUUAAUGUAUAUGCAGGAACGCACACAUUAAACUGAUGUAUGUGAGGUAUGCCAUACAAUGGCAUCCGUCACCCAUGCGGUUAAAGGGGUUGCAUAGCCUUCUUCAGGAAAGGCCAUCACUAUCUGAUCGGUGGGGGUCUGACACAAGCUUAGCGGUAUUAUGUAGUUCUGGCACCAACUUCCACC